AUGCACCAAGGCGGGCCAGGGCCAGGCCUCAGAGAUCAGAAAGGGGGCGAGGGCUCUGCCCAGGAUUUAGGGAUCUCUGGCCUGGGGACCGGGAGGGAUUUCGGGGUCCUAAGGGAGAACGGUGCCCCUCGCAGUUUGGGCGAAGUGGAAGAGGGGGCCAACAGCAGGAAGCGCACCCGGCCCGUGCGCUCCAAGGCGCGGCGGAUGGCUGCCAACGUAAGGGAGCGCAAACGCAUCCUGGACUACAACGAGGCUUUCAACGCGCUGCGCCGCGCGUUGCGCCACGACCUGGGCGGCAAGAGGCUCUCCAAGAUAGCCACGCUGCGCCGGGCCAUCCACCGCAUCACCGCGCUCUCGCUCGUUCUGCGCGCCAGCCCCGCGCCCCGCUGGCCCUGCGAGCACCUGGAAUGCCACCGCCAGGCUGCGCGCACCGGGGAGGCGGGCUCCGAGCCGCCGCUGUCCGCCCCCACACCCCAGCCCGUCGGCCCCAGUUUCUGGGCGCCGCGCUGCGCCUCGUGCUCCCCGUUGUCGCUCCUGGAGGGGCCCUGGGCGGUGGCCGAGGGGCAGGGCGUGGGCCAGCCCCCCGCGGGAAGCUGGCGUCGAUGUCCCGGAGCUCCUUCUGCCGGGAGGUUUCCCUGGCCGCGGGGUUACCUGCGCGCGGGCCCCGGACUGGGCUAUCAGCACCUCUAA